AAUGGGGGUGUUGGGACCCCCCUGGAUCCCUGGGAAUGGUUUUUUUUCCUGCUCUGGACACCUGGAUCCCCGGGAAUGGGGGUGUUGGGAAUGGGGGUGUUGGGUCCCCCCUGGAUCCCCGGGAAUGGGGGUGUUGGGAAUAGGGUGUUGGGUCCCCCCUGGAUCCCUGGGAACGGGUUUUUUCCCUGCUCUGGUCACCUGGAUCCCCGGGAAUGGGGGUGUUGGGACCCCUCUGGAUCCUUGGGAAUGGGGGUGUUGGGUCCCCCCUGGAUCCCCGGGAACGGGGGUGUUGUGUGUGUGUGUGUGUGUCCCCAAUUCCCACCCCCCUGUCCCCCCAGGUGAACUACACGCAGCCGGUGGUGGCCGUGCAGUUCCCCAACGCCACGGCCAACGUGGAUCACCACGUGGAGUGCCGGCUCAACGCCGCCGGGCUCCGCACCGACGACGAGCGCGACAAGUUCGCCGGGCGCGUCGCCUUCCGCCUCCGCAUCAACCGCGACUGACCCCCGGCCCCCCGCGCCCCCCCCGUAGCCCCCCGGCUCCCCCCCGUCCGCCGGCGCCCCCCCGUCGGGUCUAAUCGCCCUCCCGCCGCCGCCGCGUCCCCCCCGGCUGCCCCUAAUGUGAGGAUAAUAAAUGUACAUAGGUAUUUUUUAUAUGAUAAAUCUAUUAAACGGUGCAGUAGGGCCCUGGCCGCUCCCCUUCCCUCCCUCGCCCGCCCCGGAGGUCG